AUGGCUGUGGUGCAAGCUGGACCCAUACCCGGCAACUACGAUAUGGUUAUGGUCGAUGAUAAUCUCCCAUCUGAAUCGAUACAAUUUCAAAAUUUCGAUACCUUCUACAAUGCCGAAUCGGAAAAUAAUCCAAUGUCUGAGUUGGAAAUGAUGGAAAGUCGUAGUGUUCCACGUGUAAUGCGUCGCAAAGUUAUGCAUUUGAGGGCUCCCCAGGCUCUCUCGCAAAAGGAAAUUGCUGCUCGUGCUCAGUAUGAGAUAUUCGAUGUGGCACGUGAAAGACGUAAUCAAAAGUCGCUGGUUAAGGGCAACUCCCGUCCCAAUACAAAUGGUUUGGAAUGGGAGGAAUUCGAUUAUGAUGCCUAUGUUAAACAUUGA